GAUGGCGGCGGCGGCGGGCUACCCAGCUGGGAAGGGGCGCGACAUUAGCCUGGCGGCCCUGCGGCGCCACGAUCCCUACAUCAGCCGCAUCGUGGACGUGGCCAGCCAGGUGGCCCUGUACACCUUCGGCCACCGGGCCAACGAGUGGGAAAAGACUGAUGUGGAAGGAACCUUAUUUGUUUACACAAGGUCUGCUUCUCCGAAACACGGCUUCACCAUCAUGAACAGGCUGAGCAUGGAGAAUAGGACAGAGCCCAUCACGAAAGACCUGGAUUUCCAGCUCCAGGACCCCUUCCUUCUCUACAGAAAUGCCAGAUUGUCCAUUUAUGGAAUUUGGUUUUACGACAAGGAAGAAUGCCAAAGAAUUGCAGAGCUUAUGAAAAACCUCACUCAGUACGAACAGUUGAAAGCACACCACGGAGCGGGGGCGGCACUGGGAGCGUCCCCUGUGGGCCUCGGCUCGGGAGAGCGCAAGGAGGUGGACAUCUUACGGAUGCUCACCAAGGCCAGAGACGAGUACACGAAGUGUAAAGCCUGUCCUGAGCCCAAACAGAUCAGCAGCUCGUCCGCCAUCUACGACAACCCCAAUCUCAUCAAGCCGAUUCCAGUGAAGCCCAGUGGGAGCCGGCAGCAGCGCGGCCCUCGGCCCGGCCAGACCUUAGACCCUGAACCCCAACACCUGUCCUUGACGGCUCUCUUCAGGAAGCUGGACAAAGCUACGUGUCACGAACCCGCGGGGCCUCCAAAGACCCUCCACCAGCAGCAGCAAGAGAAGCUUCCGAUUCGGCAGGGGGUCGUCCGCUCCCUGUCCUACGAGGAACCCCGGAGAUGCUCACCCCCAGUCGAGAAGCAGCUCUGUCCUGCCAUUCAGAAGCUCCUGGUCGGGAGCGCGGACCUGCAGCUGCUGGCAGAGCUGCCCGAGAGCCGGCCCUGUAGAGACGCCGCGCGGCCAGGGUCUCCCCGCGGCCCCGAGGUCUCCCGCCGCGUGCACAGUGGCCCCAGGACUCAGAACCCGCCGGACCAGCUCCAGAGCAUCCCUGGGGCGCCGGCACCAGACGCCUCGGCCGAGACGUCGGGGCCCCGGGCACUCCCGAGGCCAGCGCCCCCCGGCCCUGGGCCCGGCCGUCAGCCCCUGGGGCCCAGCGAGGUCUCCCCGCGGGAGCUGCUGUGGAAGCUCCAGGCGGUGCAACAGGAGCGGCAGUUGCCGGCGCCCGGCCGCCCAGCCCUGGCGGCCAAGUUCCCCGUGGCCACCCCGAGUGCUGGAGCACGGAACCCCCUGGAGUCCUGGAGGGACCAGACCCCCAGCGCGGAGCAGCAGGCUCCCCUCCUUCAGGUCCUCUCGCCCCGGCGCGCCCCGCCCGCCGCGGGCCCAUCUCCGCUCAUGUCGCCACUGGUGUUCGCGCAGGCCCCCUGGGCCCCACCGCCAGAGAGGGGCAGCGGGCUCUUGCCCCCGGGAAGCCAGGACCCGGCGGCCACCCCCAGCGGCUCCCUCCUGCCCCUGCGGACGCCGGAGCCCCCCAGAACGCCGGGCAGUGCCCUGACCAAACCGCAGCUCCAGGAGGCCCUGCUGCACCUCAUCCAGAAUGACGACAACUUCUUAAAUAUAAUCUACGAAGCUUAUCUCUUCAGCGUGAAAAAGACUCUGUGAAAGCAAAACAUUUCAAGACUGAUCUCCAGGGCCUUCCGGCUUGAGGUUCUUUCAGGUCACAGGUUGUUUCCCUAAAUGUUUCUGCCUUUUUUUAAAGUAUGUCUUAUAUGAAGUAAAAUGCUUCAGGCUUUUUUCAGUCACGCAGUUUUUUCAUUACAUUCUUCAAUGCACCUGGUACCAAGAAUUGAGUGGGUAGGAAAAGUCCUUUGCUCAUAUCACACGGUAAAUACCCAGCUUAAAUGAUUUUUUCUUAUAUGUACUGGGCCAUUUCUAGAUGAGUUCUCUCUCUGUGGGAAGGGGUGUUCUGGGAACGUGGUUUCUUUCUUAUUAGCAGCCCCGGUUAUUUCUGGAACUCGGAGAACGUGCCGACCGCCAGGUGGCGGUGUCAGCCCGUGACCACUGACGCGCCUCGCCAGCCUCUUCCAGACAAAGUAAACCUUUCCUUUGUAAACAUCCGUUGGGCCUUCGAAGGGAAACGAUCUCUAAAGCAGAAGCCUGCCUGCUUCCGAAGGAACGUUUCACCAUUUUCAGCAAAACGUGCUGAGACGAAGGUCAGAGAAGACUUUAAGGCCGGUCCUUAAGCCUCUGUGGGGAGGCAGUGGAGUGCGGGCAGGACAGCGAGGAUUCUUGAGGUCGUGGAGCGCACUGACGAUUCGUGUUCACAGAGACGAGGGCCUGCUCUCCCCCCAGCCCUCCCCCGGGUUGAGUCGGCCCCGGAAUUGGUCCCUGCUGCGCACUGGAGAUAAAGUGAGCUUUGUGUUUCUAUAGCCCUGUUUAUUCUUGGACCAUAAAAGGAUCUCUAGAGGCCCACACAGGAGCUGGGCCUCGUUCUCCUUUUAGGGGUCACAAAGGAGGCAGGGAAGGAGGUUUCCUCACAGCUUCUGAUGCCCAGAGGUGAACUGGGAGCUCAGACCUGGGGUAGGCGCAUGACCAGGCAAGGGAGCGCCUCCCCUCCGCCCGCCCACAGAAGGGCGCCUUCCCUUCGAGGAGGGCCCGGCCCACCUUGCCGGGGCCGCCGUUCCCUCCUGAGUCAGGAAGGGACGCCUCCCUCUGCUUCUCCGUCUCCUGUAGCGCCUAACGCCCUGACAGACCACAGAAUCCCUGAAGCUCGUCAUCGCGUGUGCAGCGUUUCAGGGCUCUUAUGGGGAGUGUGGGGCAAGGGGAGACACACGGCCCUGUUGCCCUGCAUUGGUGACGCUCACCUCGGCGGCACACACUCAAACCGGAGCAAACUCCACCGUCUCCCAGACCGCGGGCGACCUUUAAAACCCGCGGGCACGUCUUCGAUCUGAAUUACACGUUUAGGGUGGCUUCUCCAGCCGGGGAGAAAUGAAUCCCGCUGAAAAUUCUUCUCAUAUAUUUGUGGUAGCAAGUGGCUAAUUCCUGAAAUAUGUGUUCCUUUACUUGAUUGUUAUAUAAAUAGCAUAGAAAUCCCAGUUGCAGCACCUACCAUGAAAAGGUGGCCGUGCGCUGUGGCUGGAGGGACCCCCGUGCCCGGUGUGGUCAGACCCACACCGCAGGCGUCACUGCACCUUUCUAGGUCAGCACCACAGGGGUCUGUUUUGAAAACAAAUCCUCCAUCCUCUACUGGAAUGAACCACUUUAAAAGUGACAGGCGCAGCUUGUUCAGACCAAAGACUGAGCCCCCUUUCAAAGGGCUCAGAGAUGAAGAGCUGAUUUCCUCUGUGUGGGAAGCAGGUGAGAGCUGCUUUGUCCAAAGACCUUUCUCUGGAGGGUCCGGGAAAUGGAUUGCAGGGUUAUCUAAGCACCCAGGACUAGAUCUCACAUGUAAACUCACUUCCUUUUUCCCACCUCACCCCAAAUUCUGAGACCAUCCUGGACGCCCUCCUCCAUGUCUCUGGCUUCCGGCAGCAGCUUGAAGCCAAUUGAAUUCCAAGGGGAAGGAAGCCUGAGAUGGGUCCCUGAGCAGCGUUAUCCCGGGCACUGGAUUUCAACCCUGGAGAAGUGACUGAAGUUGCUUCUGCCUGGUGCAGGGACAGAACACGGGGCCUUGGUCAGGCGGACUUGCCCUCACGUCCUGGACCAGGGACCUCGUCUGAGAUGCUGUUCUUUCAUCUGCAAACGAAAGCAGUGCGCAGCUCUCAGGUCGUCACAGGGAUUAGAUGGGAGCCAUGUAGGGAAAUGGCUCCUCGGGCUGAGAGGCACAGGCUCCAUCCUGCCCGACGGGGGUCCCGCUGGGGUGAGGCCCGCGGCGGCCGGAGCGCCCUCGCCUGCCGCCCACAGGACACCGCUGCACCCUCUUCUCCCUCACUCCUUUAUGGAUGAUGGGGGGCAGUGCGCCUCACCCCUUCCCCCCAAAGGAGGCGCCCUGAGCUCCUCAAGACACACACGUCAGUCCGAGUAACCCAGGGCCUUGCCCCCCGCCGGAGGAGGAGGUGCUGUUAGGCCCUACAGUCCUGGACGGUCCCUGCAAAGACGCACGCUCUCAUCUCCCCAUUCAGGGGGUGAGAACCCUCGUCAGCACCCUCAGGAACCUCCCGUGCCCCGACCCUGCGACUCCCACCCACCCUUUCCCCAGGCGGCUGGCGGAGACUCCAGCCUGGGUGCCGCAUCGCUUGCAUCCCAGGUGUCCCUUCUUCCUCAGACACUGGGCACGGCCCGCGGGUCCUGGCCCAGGACAGGAAGGACUGCGGUCUCUUCUCCUGAAGGGGAAGUGCACGUCGGAGGACACACGUCCUGCAGAGGAAGUUCCAGCCGCUGACCGGCCCCAGCCAGAGGACACAUCAGCGGACACCGUGAAGACCGGUGUCCCUGGUGUGUGGCCCCAGGGACGGGAGCUGUCACGUCAGGUCCAGGCCUCUGAAUGCCAGGCCGCACGUGUCGGGCAGGAUGUCACCCAGACGCAGGCGGGAGAGGAGCGUAGGACUGACCCCACCCCCCAGAGAACUCAGGUGCUUCCAGGCUUUGGAGCUUGGAGCCCUCUUUGAGGUCACAUGUGUCGUCUGCAGCCGGCAGGCGGGAGCAGCUCUGCAUCGUGGAAAGUUGCCUGGCUACAGAUGGGUGCAUCUCCCCAGCAUGUUGCUGAAUGCUUGGUUUUCAGGUUUCAAAUCCUCAGCACCCACCUCUCGUACAAUUAGUGGGGGGAGAGGGGCGGUUACAAAUACUUGGUGUAUUUAACUCAACCUUGAGUAUCUCAAUAGAUUUCCACCAAACUGGGUUAUGAGUAAUGCCUCCUAACAGAGCCUGGAGAGAAGCACACAAAUAAAACCUGUGUGUGCAGACUGUGGUCUUAAAACACCGCGGGGCGGCUGAAAGCAGAGCACUGCCGACCGUUCCCCUGGCGGCGGCUCUGAGCAGUGGCACAGCCGGCCUCCUGGGCGAGGUAACUGGGGGCACAGCGGGGAGGAAGUAGAGAAUGUUCUAGAUGCAAGAGAGAGGUGGGGGACCGGCAGGUGUGAGCCAGAGUCUAAAAGGCUGGGAUCACCAACCUCCUGGGUACAAGUCAAGGUGGGGCUUCCCUGAGGUCAGCAGGUGCUGGACGGACACUGGAGCGGGUGGCGGGACCUCCCGGCUCAGGGUGCUGGGCCGCAGGGCCCGGGCCUGGAGGAAGAGGUCCCAGCCAGCUGUGCCCACAGGCGAGUCUGGAAGACGUAACCCGACACCUGGCUGGGAGGCGAUGCCUGCCGCGGCCGCAUUUCUCAGCACAACACAUCUACCGGCUCCAUGGACCAGGAUGGCACCCAGGCGGCCACGCUCCGUGUCUUCUCUGAUGACGAGCUCUCGGGGUCAAGGAGAUCUGGGCUCUCCUCCCAGCCCCCGUGUCCUCCCUCGACUGUAAGCUCCGGGGAAAAGCCAGUCCCCCUGUGUCUGUCGCGGGAACAGGGAAGUCCUCGCUGGGGCAGAGCCCGCCAGUGUCCGCGGUGGCAUUUCCUGCCGGAUGGCGGCCUGGGUGUGCCACGGGCAGGAGGGUGGUGCCCUUCGCGCCGGCAGCUGGGGUGGGGCCUCCCAGCCCGUCUUGGUUGCCUUUCUGGCUCUGCCGUAAAUCCGUGCAGAAAUCUUUUCUAUGUUGUGCCCACUGCGCUUUCCAUGGUUGUAAGCUCCUUAAGUUUCAUUCCCUGCUGUGUACGUGUCAGUCGGCCCUGUGUGCCCAGAGGCUAAGAAACUGGCACCACGGGAAACCCACGCCUGACAUGCUGAGUGGACAGGCUGCACCGCCGGCAAGAGGCCCAGCCCAGAGCGGGUGUCUGCACCCUGCCGGAGCCGUGUCUUUUCCAGGACCCUCCGGCCGGACCCUCACCUCCCACCCAUCACUGCAGGGAGGGGCGGGGCAGGGACUCGGGGAGAAGAUGGGCAGCGGAGGCUCCUCUGAAGGACCAGGGCCUGGUCCAAGGCAAUGGAAGCUGAGAUUUAAACACAGAGAGAGGAUGCGGAUUGAAGAAAUAUUUAGGAAGCAAAGUCCGUGAGACCUGGUUAUGGCUCAUGUGUGGAUGAGUCGUGACGGAGCCGCCAGGGCUGGUUCCUGGCUCGGGCGAAGGGGACAAUGAGGCUCGGUGAGCAAGUGCUGGGAGCUAGUAAUAAUAAUAACAUACUAACAAGAGCAGGCGGCCUACUCAGCACCCCCACGCCCAGCGCCGCUCUCCCCACUCGGGGCCGCAUCUCGUGUGUCCCUCCCCGAAACCUGCCAGGCUCGGCACUGACGCGCCUGAAGCUCAGAGUUGGUUUCUUCCCGCGGCUGCCCCUCCCUCCGUCCACUCAGAGGCAGAGCUGUUCCGUCCCCACCCGCCGAGCUGCCCACGGGGCUGGCACGCAGGGGCAGUGUGGCCGCGAUCGCAGGCUGGCCCGGACUGGGGGAAGGAGAGCCCGAGCUGGUACCUGUACUUCCCAAACCCGCCCCCCCCCCCCUGGGGUGCAGAUGCCAGCAGAACAGGGUCAGUCUCAGGAGUGAGGUCCUGGGUGCCCUGGGCCCAGACUGACGCCUCCGGGGUCAGAUCCUGAUGCUCCAUGGACGUCCGCCUCUUAUGUCCCUGGGGGUCAGUGUGUGGCUUUCAGCAGAGUCUCUCCUGAGGGCUCCCCCUCCUCGGGCAGAGCGGCUGUGUCUCUGCGUGUUUCCCAGACGGGCCCCCUGGCGAGCCCGGCCCCGCCCACCCAGC